AGGGCUUCAAAUGGGCUUUGGCAGUUGGCCUGUAGAACAUCCACUUCUCCCAUGUAGUUCCUGGGGGCAGAACGCUCUGGAAGCAGGGGCUUCUGAAUGGCCCAGCCCUGGCCUCCUAUUCGGACUGGACCUUUUUGCCCCUACUGAGGCCAGGGAACCACUUUUGUGCCUUCCUAAGAUGCUGGCUCCUUUCAGCUACCUGGGCAUCACAGACCUGUCUUGGCUGGAAUUUCAGGAGCCUGGGAAAGCUCCUGCCUUAGCCAAGAAACUCUCCCCUCCUUCCAAAUGCUGCCCUGUCCCAGAUGUCUGAUAUCCUAUCAUUAAAGAUUCCGUCCCAGAAGAAGGACUGUCUCCUGUUAAGCUACCAUUUCUCUGUGGGAAAGAUACGAUUCAAGCUGCCAGCAUUAUUUUGUCCUUUAAUACCACCCCAGCAACAGUUCCCAGAAGCCAUGACAUGUCCUUGCAGCUGGAGGCCUUCCAGGCGCCACCCUAGAGGCCUUGUGGGCCCAAUGUUGCCGGGGGAGGAAGGAAGGAACUGUAAAUUAGAGGAGACUUUGGGUGAGACCACAAGGUAUGGUCAGCUGCUCACUGCUGGAUCGUCUCUCUCUCUCCAGCCUCUGCCUUCCGGAAGCUCGUCCCGGCCCUCCUUGUCCCAGAGAAGAUUGGACCCCCCCCCCAAGUUAAGGAAGGAGCCAAAAGAGUCAGAAGGGAGGGCACCAUCUGACUCCACACAGGUGCCUAGCCCACCAACUCAGACCUCUUUCUCUUGUGCUCCUGGAGGCGAAACACUGUUUCUCAUGCAUUUCUGGAUUCCUGGUGCUUAGCUCAGAAGGUGGCAUGCACACUCAGCACAUGCUUUUUUAAAUAAAAUGAUUUCAAAAUGACAUAUACAAGCGUUACAUUUCUUUUCUGAAAUUAGAGAUAAAGGAAAUGGAGGAAAGUUUGGGACAAUCGUGAUGUACUCAGGAAGAAAGAUGAGGGGGUUCAGGAGACAGAGGGAUAAGCCUGUGUGUGUUUAGGUUGGGACUCUGGGACCAAGUCUGCCUGCUGGGGUAGAGUGGUUGAGACUCAGGACACACAAGGCUGACACUUCAUGAAUUUCAGAUUCGGGGACUAUAUAGAUCCUGAAGCAACCUACUAUGAGUAGUAGCUGUUGCUAAAACACUGGAAAAAGAUAAAUCUCAUGAGACUCUGAUCAAAAAGGAAUUUCUUUCUCUGCCUAGGCAAGGCUCAAGCAAUUGCUGUGGAAAUGGAAGUGGGAUUUAAAAUAUUUAUCAACUCCUUUUCUCUAUGCACCCUCAUGCUGUACUAUUUCAUUUUGUGAAGAGAUAUAUCCAGGCUGGGUUUCUAGUUAUGGCUUCAAAAGCUAGACUCUUAAAUUGUUCCUGGGCCUCCAAUUACACAAAUUUCUGGAUGAGAUUAAAACGGUUGAGAAACAGCUUCUGCAGCGCAUGAUUGUGUGUGUGCAUGCAUGUGUAUGGUUUUUGUUGGAAUGUGUCAGUGUGUUGGGUUCAAUUCUCUCUACACAGCUAUAGUCACAACACUAUUACAUCUAUUGUCUCCACUAAUAGAGAUUGCCCAGGAAUUUCCUGUAUUGUUCACAGCUAAACAACAUAAAGUGUUGACAAAGGUAUUAACAGCAAGUCUAAGUAGAAAGGGAAAGAGCACAGUGAUGGAUGAGCAGUGACCGACAGAGAGAGACAUGAGGCCUGUGGAGUCAGCCUCCCCCAUAUCUUCCCAAUCUUAUGCCUCUUCUCUAUCCUCACUGCCAGUGCUGCAGUUUGGACCAUCAGCUCUUCUCUAACCUUCCAAACCCACUUCCCUAUAACCAUUCUCCACCCUGUCCCCAGACUGGUCUUUCUAGAACUUGAAUGUGAUCAAGUUACUCAUGAGCUGAAAGCCCCAUGGGACUUCCCAAUGCCCCAGCUCAUUGACCUGCCAGUCCCAAUUUGGUGUCAGCUCAUCUCUCCUCCCCUCCUCCUUGGUUCCAGACACAUAGGACCACUCAGCAUUCCCCAAAGCAUACCUUGUCCUCUCCUGACUGCGUGUGCAUCAUGCCCUUCUCUUCUUCCACCUGGUAAGCUCCUAGUCACAUUCAAGGUCUACUUCAAGUCUCCCGGUUCCUGUGUGUAGUGAUUAGUUUUCUAUGCCAUCUUGGCCAGGCUAUAGUACCCAAUUAUUCAACUAAACACUAGCUGUUUCUGUGUGGGUAUUUUGGAGAUGUGGUUAAGAGCUACAAUCAGUUGACUUUUCCAAUCAGUUGAAUGGCAUUAAGAGUAAAAUUGAGCUCUUCUAGAGGAAGAAGAAGUUCUGCCUCAAGUCUGUAUCAUGGACUCCUGCCCAAGAGUUUCCAGCCUUCUGACCUGCCUUAUAAAAUUAGAAUUUGCCCAGCCAGCCCUCACAAUCGUGUAAGCUAAUUCCCUGAAAUAAAUCUCUAUCUUUCUAUUUAUGUAUGUAUCUACCUAUCAUCUAUCUUACUUGUUCUAUUCCUCUGGAGAACACUGACUGAUAGACUGAGGCAUGAAAAAUUGAGAAAGGCAUCAUCUAGAGUCACUGAGAAGUUUAUAUAUAUAAUUAUUGAAACACUUAUUUCAUUUAUUUUUAAUUUUUUGACAAUAGAUUGUAAGUGAAGAGAUCCUGCCUUAUCUGUCUUAGCAUCCUGUAAAAGUGUCUGCUAUACCUUACUAUCUAAAUUAAUAUUUGCAGAGAUGCCAGAGCAAGCAUGGACUUUCUGAAUAUUAGUCCAUGUUAGAGCUACCAGAAGCAUCACAUUAUCUUCUUUCUGUCUUCUCAGCCCCUCUACUGCUAGAAUGACAGAAUAUUUUGUAGAAUAUUUUCUUUCAUUUAUAACCGGAGUUUUCUCCUUCUCAGAGUUGUGCAAGAAUCACUGGGUCUCAAGGAGCCCCAAAUUAUUGGGAGGACCCCUCAGGUCAUUUGUCACAGGUCAUUACCUUAGACUAGUGUUGCUUGUCCAAUGCCCAUAUCCCAACACACAGGGUCUCAUUGUCCCUUUGAUGCCGAGAUGCUGCUAUUUUUGUGCCAUGCUUGGGGCUGACUCUGUGCCUGGGGUCCAGCCUCACUGGUGAACCCCACGGCUUUCCCUCUCUGGGGACUACUCACCUCCCCCAAGCAGGUUCCACUCUUGAAUAGGAUCCACUGUCAUUUAUCUCUUAACUGUCUAGGCAGAGCUUCUUUCUCCUUUUGACCAGAUAAGCUAAUAUCUCUCUUCCUUUCUUUGGGACAAUGAAGCAUCUUCUUUUCUACAAGUUUGGGCUUUUACAAAAGUUAGAAGAGCUAUUGAUUUUAAUUAGCUCCCUGGAAAAAUCCUUGUAGCAAGAAACCUCAAAGGGCCUGAGAGUUCAAACACAAAUUCAUUAAUAAACUAUGCUCAUAUAGAUAAUUGUCUAUACAUCUGUCCACUAAUACAUGUAUAACUUGCCAGAACUAUAACUAUACAAAAAUGGUAGUGAGAUCAAGUGCAUUUUUUGUCCAUUUAUUUGCUUAUAUCUUCUAAGUGUUUUAUAAUAAACACAUGCUACUUUUGUAAUGUGAGAGACUCUCGUUAAACCAGAAGACAGUAAGAAGGUCAAAAGCAUUUCUAGAGUCAGAAGGCUCAGGACCAAAUUCCAGCUUUGCUAUUUCCUUGCUCUGUGAUUUCUAAACCUCACCUUGCUGAUCGAUUAAAUUGGGAUACCACCAUCUAAGAAAGGCCCGGCUCAUGGAUGAUAAUCAAAGUUAUUUUUUGAAUGAAACAGAAAAUGAAGAAUUCAUUUAAUCCACCUCGUAAACUCUAGAUCUGUUAUUGAAAAAAUUAGAUCCUUCUCUGUACCAGGCAUCCUCACCUAGAGCCCCUAUUGGCCUCUGAAUAUGUAUGUAUAUUUCUUUAAAAAAAUAUUUUUGAAAAUAUGAUUUGUCUGCUGUCUAUUACUUAUCUAUGGCUACAUAACAAAUUACCACAACCUUAACGGGUUAAGACAAAGCACAUCUAUUAUCUCACAGUUUCUGUGGGUCAGGAAUCUGGGGAUGACCUGGCUAGGUCCUCUGGCUCAAGGUCUCACAGGGCUACAGUGAAGGUGUUGGCCUGGGUUUGGCUACCUUUGGAGAUUUGACUAUGAAAGGAUCUACCUCCAAGUUCCAUGGCUUUGAGAAGGAUUUAGUUCCUUGCUGAGGGCUAUUGGCUGGACACCAUCCUCAGUUCCUUGCCACAUGGGCAUCUCCAUAAUAAGACUUCCUCCAUCAAAGCCAGCAAGAGAGAGAGAGACAAUACAGUCUGCUAGCAAGACAGAAAUUACAGUCUUAUGUAGCAUUAUAAGAGUAUUGAAAUCUCUUCACUAGGACUGUAUUCUAUUGGUUAGACACAAGUCACAAGUCCUGUGCACACUCAAGGGACAGGAAUCAUACAAGGGCAUGGAUGCCAGGAGGUGGGAUCACUGGGGGCUGUCUAAGAGACUACCAGCCACAGUGGACCAAAGGAAUUGACUUUAAAUUCACGUAGGAGCAAAAACAGUGCAUAAUAAUUUAUGCUGUGAUCACAGCCGAGUCAUAGGGAUAUGCCAGAUCAGCUAUAUGUAAUCCACUACCAUUUUCUGCUGUGAGAAUGUCGCUGAAAAUGUUGCUUUUGUCACCAUUCAGUGCUCCUAUAUAAGGUUCCAUGGAGCGACCAUUUUAAAGUUUUCUUCUAGGAAAAACUCGACUUCCCCUGUGAACUGGAAGUUUUAAUUUUUCUUCUAAAAUUAAUGACCAUCAAUCCUUUUCCCCUUAACCUCCUGGAAGCUUACCUGUAAUAACUACCUCUUAUAAUUUCUAUUUCAUAUUUGCUUCCUGACCUGGACUAUUUUUUCUUACAAAUGUUUUAUUUUUAUUUAUGUUUUAUACCUAUGUCAUGACAUAUGUUCUUACUGGAAGCCACUUAAAUGUGGUGGGAUAUAAAUAAAGAGGGCAGAGGUUGGGUAGCCUUCAAUCUCAAGGCUUAACAUGGUCAACACAUGGUAGAACUGAAUUCUGAAACUUCUCUCUGUCCAUUAAAUAGGACACCUGGAUGUUCUGUAUUUCACCUAUUCUCUUCAUAAGUGACAAGUCUUAGUAAAAAGCCUUUUAAAAAUUACUCUUUAUAAUAUUUUGAAAAAAACAUCAAAAUGAAUUCUAAGUUAAAACUGAUUUUUUUUAGUUAGUUUAAUUGAGACUGGAUUUUAAAGACCAGGCAAUAACUGGGGUCGUAAUUUGGACAAGAUCUGAAAAAUAUAGCAUUCAUUUUCAAAAACUUACAAAUGAUAUAUUAAGGGCCAGAUGGUAGCUGAUCCAAAGAUGAAUAAUUAUACAGCCCCACUCAUGAUUUUCGGAGAGGGUCGUGAAAAUACACCAUGACGUUAUACAAUAGAGUCUUCAACAGUGAGCGCAAGGCAGUAAAGGACCAUAACAACCCCUGAAUUUUAGGUUUACAGUUUACAAAGAGUUCUUGAAGAGUCACAGGAGAUAAUUACGGGAGGUCUUGGUAAACCUUCCAGCACCGAGUUUGGCACAUGUGCAUCUCCUUGCCAGGUUCUUACCUGAGGUCUAUCCAUCAGUUUAGACAGUCACUAAUGACUAACCGAAAUUCAACACUUCUUUCAAUUAUGAAUGAUGGCAAUAAACAGCCACAGUAUUAGCACCAGCUGUACUUCAUCACCAAUGGAAAUUAUAGACUUCUUUCUUUUAAACCAAACUCCUUUUAUUUUUUUUCUUAUUUGAUAAAUUUGAUAUGUUACAUUUUGUAAAGUUGUGUUACUUUGAUAUAUUUAUAUACUGUAAAAUGAUUGCCAUUGAAGAAAUAUUUUAUCACAUUACAUCAUUAUAGCACAAUAUUAUCAUCUAUGUUCGUUAUACUGUGUGUUAGAUCUAUGGCUUAUUUAUUACUCAUUACAAGUUUGUACCCUAAACACCAUCAAUUUUAUGCUGUCAUCCUCCAUCCCCUGGUAACCUCCAUUUUACUCUUUUUUUUUUUUACAGGUUUGACUUUUUUAGAUUACAUAUGCAAGUGACAUCACAUAGUACUUGUCUUUCUCUGUCAGACUUAUCUCGCAUAGUAUAAUGUGCCCAAGGUCCGUCCAUGUGGUUUCAAAUGGCAGGAUUUCCUCUUUUCUCAUGGCUGAAUAAUAUUCCAUCAUGGAUAUAUACCACUUCUUUUUUAUCCAUUUAUCCAUUGAUGGCCAUUUGGGUUGUUUCCAUAUCUUGAUUAUUGUGAAUAAUGCUGUGAUAAACAUGGCUGUGUAUAUAUCUUGUCAAAAUCCUGUUUUAAUUUCCUUUGGGUAUACACCAAGCAGUGGAAUUGCCGGGUCAUAUGGUACUUGUAUUUCUAAUUUUUUGAGGAAACUACAUAUUGUUUUCCAUAGUGGUUGGACUAAGUCACAUUCCUGUCCACAGUGCACAAGGCUUCCAUUUUCACCACAUCCUCUCCAGCACCUGUUCUCUCUUAUCUUCUUGAUGAUAGCCAUUCUAACAGGUGUGAGAUGAUAUAUCAUUGUGAUUUUUAUUUGCAUCUCCCUGAUGAUUAGUGACGUUGGGCAUCGUUUCAUGUGUUCGUCAGCCAUUUUGAUGUCCUCUUUGAAAAAAAUGUCUAUUUAGGUCUUCUCAUUUUUUAACUAAAUUGCUUUUAUGUUAUUAAGUUGUGCUACUUCUUUAUAUAUUUUGGAUAUUAACUCCUCAUCCAAUAUAUGAUUUGCACAAUUUUUCUCCCAUUCUGUAGGCUGCCAUUUCAUUUGGUUAAUUGUUUCUUUUGUUGUGCACGAAUUUUGAGUGUAAUGUAGUUCUACUUGUUCAUUUUUGCUUUUAUUGUUUGUGCUUUUGGCAUCAUGUUUAAAAGAUCAUUGCCAGUACCAAUAUCGAUAAGCUUCUUCUUAAGUUUUCUUCUAGGAGUUUUAUGGUAUCAAACCUUAUGUUUAAGUCUUUGAUCCAUUUCAAGUUAACUUUUGUAAAUGGUGUGAGAUAGGAGUCCAAUUUCAUUGCAUAUGUUUCUCCAGUUUUCCCAGCACCAUUUGUUAAAGAGACUAUCCUACCCCCACUAGCUGUUCUUGGCACCCUUGUUGAAUAUUAGUUGAUCAUAUAUGCCAAGAUUUAAUUCUGGGUUCUCUAUUCUGUUCCAUUGGUCUACAUGUCUACUUUUGUGCCAGUACCAUACUGUUUUUAUUAAUAUGGCUUUGCAGUAUAGUUUGAAAUUAGGAAGUAU